AUGGCUACCCUUCCUACUCCCACUCCUCCUCCUCCUCCUCUUCCUCCUCCUCCUCCUCCUCCUCCUCCGCCUCCUCCUUUCCUCCGUUUCCCUAACCACGAUUUCUACGAGAGGAGGAGGGACUCCGGGCCAAAUAUGCUGUUACCCAGAUUUGCAGCAGAGCUGCUGCUGGCUGCUGCUUUGCUGCUCUGCUACUGUUGCUGCUGUUGCACAGGAGUUAUCAUUAACAUGGAGGCGGUGGUGGUGGUGCUUCUCUGGCAAAGGGGUUCCUCAAACCCUCCUCCUCCUCCUUCCCCAUUCAAAACAAACGGCCCCAAUUCCUCCCCAACCCUCCUCCUCCUCUUCCCCAUUGCAAAGGGGCAAUUACUCCCCAACGGGGCCCCCCUCCUCCUCCUUCUUCCUUUUUCCUCCUCCUCCCCAUUGCAAAGGGACCCAUCAUCCUCCUCCUCCUCCUCCUCCCUCCGGGGCCAAAUCCUCUUCUCUAGCAAAGGGGAAUUUCCUCCCCAACCCUCCUCCUCCUCUUCUUUUUCCUCCUCCUCUUCCCCAUUGCAAAGGGACCAUUCAUCCUCCUCCUCCUCCUCCUCCUCGCCUCCUCCUUCCGGGUUCCUCCUCCUCCUCCCUCCUCCUCCCAUUGCAAAGGGGCAAUUCCUCCCCCAACCCUCCUCCUCCUCUUCUUUUUCCUCCUCCUCUUCCCCAUUGCAAAGGGACCAUUCAUCCUCCUCCUCCCCUCCUCCUCCUCCCCUUCGGGGUCCCUCCUCCUCCUCCUCCUCCUCCUCCUUCUCCCUCCCAUUGCAAAGGGGCAAUUACUCAAGAGCUCUGGAUGGUGGUGGUGGUGGUGGGUCAUUCCCUCACCCCUCCUCCUCCUCCUCCUCCUCCUCCUCCUACUCCGGAAUCCGGAAGAGACCAAGACAUCUUCCCCCAGACAAUCAGAGGAAAGGGAAGUGGCAGAGGUACCAUACCCUCCUACCCAACGGAGUCGUGUACUCCACAACUUCUGCCUUGGCGACUUCCCAGCCUGCUUGUACUUGCCCGAGAGUUCCUGGCAUUAGGCCUUGUUGUCCUGUACGUUUGACAGGUGUAACAUCGAACGUAAGGGCGUCUUCCCACGCUGGAAAAGCAACAUCUGCUGCCGGUUCUUCCAGCACAGAGUGCGAGAACGACUUCCAGCAAAACCUAAAACUGGUGUUAGCCUAUUGUGAAUCUUCCCGUGACAUCGCAAAAAAACCAUCGUUCUUCGGUGGAUCCUACGUGGCCCUUCCCUUACAGGAAGCUAGGAGCACGACAGAAAUCAGCCUACGGCUGAAAACCCAUCGGUCCGACGCCCUCCUCCUAUUGGCUGCAGGAACCACCGACUACUGCCUAGUCGUCCUAGAAGGAGGAGCCCUUAGGGUGAGGAUCAACCUCGGAGCCGGGGAAUCGGAGCUGUCGUCGCCCCCUCGUCUUCGACUCGACGACCUUCUCUGGCACGACGUCCACAUCUCGAGGGAGACCGCCGAGGUCACUCUGACGAUCGACAAAAUCCACGUCACUAGACGAAACGAGAUGGCAGUAAGUGGCACGGUGCCAUACGAGUUGGCAGUGACAGAUCGACCGUCGGAUGGAAACGACUUGAGUUUCCUCAGCUCUCCUCUGUCGUCUGAUUUACGAUCCACUUUCCGCGAAGAAUUAUGGCUUGAUAAGGUCGUCGAGUCGUUGUUCGAUGGUUUUGGUGUUUUGAUGCUCAGGAACGUGGAUGGCUUUCCCUACCUGGAAGGUUCCAUGGAGCUGAACAUUCACUAUGGAGUCUUCCUGGGAGGAAUGGGAGACUUCACCGAGGUUUUUUUGGGCUUUCUUGAUAACUAUCGUGGCUGUUUAGAUCAGGUCAUGUACAACGGCAUAAACGUCCUUCAGGAGGUACAAGACGACCCCAAAUCGGCUGAUGUCUACGGCGUCGAGUGGGACUGCUCCGAAGAAUUCGACGCGCCCCCCGACGUCCCCGUCAGUUUCAUACGCCCCGGGGCGUACGUCGCUUUCCAAGACUCUUACCCGAGGACCGGGGGAUCGAUCUCGUUGGAGAUCAAGACCCAGUCUCAGAAUGCUCUUGUUAUGUAUAAUACCGGACCGCCGUCAAGAUCUGACUUUAUCGCCGUGGAGAUAUACGAGGGCCAUCCCAGGCUUGUCCUCGACACGGGAAAUGGAGCUGUCGAUCUUAAUAGCACGACAUACAUCAGCGAUGGCUUGUGGCACAGGCUGGAAGCGCACUUCAAACCCACUUACAUGGAAUUGAGCGUCGACGACCGCAUCGAGGACCAGCCGACCCACGUAGGGGAGAACAAGUUUUUCGACCUCUCCGGGUACUUGUUCGUCGGCGGGGUCGAGGUCAACAAGCAGGCGAGGGCGGUCAGCCAGGGAGCCAGGAAUGGGGACAAAAGCCGCCUGGAAGGGUGCAUCCAAAAAAUCAGCAUCGGAGAGCAGGCCAUGAGCUUGGGUCAAGCGAGGGUCACGUCGGGCAUCAAAGCAGGAUGCAGAUGGGCCUACCCUUGCCUCAAGAACCCUUGCGUGGACGGCGCCAGGUGCGUUCAAGAGGGCACAGAUGGAUUCAAGUGCCACUGUGAUUUGGCACUGUGCGUCAGACAGAACUUCACUACGGCGUAUAAGGUCUUUACCAAAACUACUUUACCGUUUGAUCUCGAAGUCCUGAGUCUCACUCCCAUGGAGGUCCAGGAGGGGGGACAGGCCCUCAUUACUCCAGAUCAUCUGCAUCUCGUCCUCGAUUUUGAAAAGUAUGGCGUCAGGGAAUCCGGAGUUCUGUUUCAUGUCAUCACGCGUCCCGCCAGAGGCCGACUUGACGUCCAGAUCGGCCCGGCGCCAGAAAACAACAUCUUCACCUUGCUUGACCUCAACCACGACCGGGUCACUUACAUCCACGACGGGUCGGAGACCACUGAGGAUUCCAUCGUUCUCGAGCUGGAGUUGGUCACUCGGACGGGCUACAUUCUGCCUUCGUAUCUACAGUCACGCCAUCGCUUCGUGCUGCCCGUGAGAGUGAAGAGCAAAAAUGACGUGCCCUCCAUACAGCUCCCCCUGGGGAAGGUCAUCCGGUUGGCCACGGGAACAGCCAAAAAGAUCACUCCGGAAAUUAUUAACGUUAUUGACAGUGACAGUCCGCCAGAGGGGCUCAGGAUAUCAGUCGUGAACCUAAAAGAAAAAGAUGGCGGUUACAUCCAGAACUCCCAAGCCCCUGGGAAACCCAUUUACUCCUUCACGCAAGAAGACAUCAACCAGGGGUUAAUAUCUUACGUUCAUCGUGGCGAACCAGACAAUAAGAUCGCUCUGAAAGUAUCCGAUGGCAUUGAAACGGGCGAACUGACCAUUUUAAGAGUGGCAGCCUUCGAUCUUCAGGUGUAUCUGGUCAACAACACUGGUCUGAUCAUGACCCACGGCAGCUGGGCCCUGAUCACUCCGAGGAACUUGUCGUACACGACCAAUGCUCCCGAGCAAGAGCUGGAGAUCAAAUUCGAUAUCACCGAGCUGCCUGAAUUCGGCGCCGUCCAGAGGCUGCGAGGGAACGAUCGGUGGCAGAAUGUGAACCAGUUCAGCAGUCGACAGUUGGAGAAGGACAAAAUUCGCUACAUACACACAACGAAGGAGCCGAAAGUCGACGAAUUUAGAUUUACGAUCUCGGCCGGCGAAGAAAAAUUCUCGACGGAGUACACUUUCCGGAUAUCCUUCGUUGCCAUGGUUGUGGACGUCAUCAGAAACGCGGAACUGUUGAUUGACCAGAUUCAGGAGAGCUUCAUCUCGGAAGGUUUCCUUCAGAGCGUGACGAGGCCCGAUCCAACGGAAGAUAAGAAUAUCAUCUACAGCAUCAUCUCCUCUCCAAUGUACGGGUCACUGUAUCUCAGCUCAGGGGACCUUACGAGACACAGACAGAUAGAAAAGGGUUCUAUAUUCAGCCAAGAGGAUAUAGCUAAGGGUCGUGUUAAAUACAAGCUCCAUCGAAAGAGCUAUUCAGCCCUCCAUGACUCUUUCCAGUUCAAGGUUUCCAGCAAUGGACGGUCGAGUGAUAUUAAAACUUUUAAUAUAAGACACACCCCUCCCACGGUGGAUGCAGACAUUGUAGUGGAACGUUUAGAUGUCCAGGAAGGGUCGAGGCAGAAGAUAACAAGCAAAUACCUCCACAUAGAAGUGAAGGACAUAGAGGAAAUAAUAUUCAACAUAACAGGCCCCCCCAAGCAUGGUUCGAUCGAGAUCAUUGACGAGUCUCUCGUCGUUCCAACGAGACAUAACGCCUCGUUUUUCACAUCCAAAGAGCUCCAGUCAGGCUGGGUCUUUUAUCAGCACGAUGACUCAGAAUCGACGAAGGACAGAUUUCACUUCGUGGCCUUAGCAGCAGACCCAGAGGUCGAUUUCCAGUACGUGGGCAUCAUGCACUUCAAGGUCAUCACGAUCAACGACAACCACCCCAUCAGGACGAUGGAAAAGGUACUGAACGUCGUCACCGAGAGCGAGAGAGUCGUGACCUCGAAUGACCUCCAGUACACCGACCCGGACCUCGACACCCCGCCGUCACAGAUACAGUACACGCGGAGGAAGAUACCGAACGGGGACUUCUUCAACGUGGAGGACAAAUCCGAACCCGUUUUCAUUUUCACCCAAGAGGACAUCGACAAGAGACGCAUCAUCUUUCGCCACAAGGGCCCGUCCUACGGGAAAGCCGUCAUAUCGGUCACAGACGGCCACCUUUCGUCCACCGGCAUCUUGGAGAUCGUGGCAUCAGAGCCCUUCAUCGAAAUCGUCAACAACAGCGGCAUCAUCGUCCCGCGGGGCCAAGAGGCCGUCAUAUCGAACCACAACCUCAGCGUCGAGACCAACAUGAACGCUUGGGGGAACGCCAUCUCCUUCCUCGUCACCAAGCCGCCGAAAUACGGAAACCUCAACAUCCAGGGGCAGAGCGGCACCCACUUCACCGAGAGUGACCUCGUGAGCAAUAACUUGAAGUACCUGAAUAAGGGAGAUAACAGCUUCAAGGACGAGUUUCGCUUCCAGGCGAGGGUUGGGGAUACCACAACCGAUGGCAUUUUUGAAAUCAAGGUGUACCCAGAGAGCUACUGGGAGCCACUCGUGGUCCUCAACAACAACACGGUGAAAGUGGAGGAAGGCUCGAGGGUGACGAUAGACCAGACGGCCCUCAAAAUUAUGCACCCCAAUAUCGCGCCCUCCGACAUUACUUACGUCAUCGUCCAGAGGCCACAGAACGGAUAUUUGGAAGUUGACGUGGGCCAGACUACGACCUCCGAAUACUGGGAUGAAGAUUCCAAUUUGCUUAAACCCGAGGUGAGCGUGUUCGACCAAGCCCUCAUCAACGAAGGGAGACACAAUCACCCUCCUUCCCAACUCGCUUUGAUGGUCACCAACGGCAUCUCCAGUCUGUCAAGACUCGUGUAUACAGUGCAGGUCAUCCCGAAGACCAUCUACCUCCUAGCCGGAUCGCUGGAGGUUGAGGAAGGCUCCCAGACGAUCGUGACGGCGGACGUGGUCACCGUCCUGACCGAGUACUACACGGACAAGAUCGGUCAGUACCUCGUCGUGAAGCAGCCAGGGGCCGGUCAGUUGCAGCUGUCAUCGACCCCCGGGCGCAGGAUCCAGGCUUUCACGCCUCUGCAGUUGCAACAGGGCCUUGUUUUGUACGUCCACGACGGCUCCGAGCAACUAAUGGACACUUUCAGCAUCGUAGCCGUGUCCGACAUCCGCCAGAGUGCCCCAGCUAACAUAAACGUCACCGUGAGAGGCAUCAAUGACGAAGCGCCUUUCAUUAUCAAUAACACGGGCCUCCAGAUCUGGGAGGGAAACAGAGUUCCCAUCACGUCCUCAAAUUUAGGCGUCAUGGACCCAGACACUGAACCCGAAAAUAUCAGCAUAACAUUGGGGACCCCAACCUCAGGUUUCGUGGCCUUGUCCUCCAAUCUCACCCAUCCUGUCUCUGCUGUCACCCAGGCGGAUAUAAAUAAUGGCCGGGUCUACUUCAUCCAUACCGGUGGAUUGACAGGAAUGUUCCGCUGGGAGGCAAGCGAUAAUGUACAUAGCACAGGAUCAAGUGUCUUCCAAGUCACAGCUCGUGCUCUUCACCUUGUUCUUGAGAAUAAUGAGCGCCUUCACGUGUUCCCAAUGACUCAGCAACCUAUAACCUCAACAGUUAUUUUGACUCACACUAAUGAUUAUGAUUCUCAGAGGUCGAUAGUAUACAUGAUUAGAAAGCCACCAGUUCUCGGUCAGCUCCUUCUGGAAGAAGCUGGUGGUGUAUUAGUUCCAGUAGACAAUUUUACCCAGCGUAACAUAAAUGAGUCUCGUGUUUUCUUUGAGCAUAUACGGCCCUUUUCAGAAUUGUCUGCUAGAGACAUGUUUGUUUUUGAUGUGGAGAGUCCAUUUGCUGAACCUUUAAAAGAUCAAGAAUUUCAUUUGGAAAUUUCUGUAGCCAGUCCUACUGGAGGAGGUCUUGAACGUUACUUAGGACUAGCACCUCUGGUUGUUGCAGAGGGAGGGCAGGCUACUGUAAGAGCAGAUAACCUCAAUCUGUCUGCAGUUUCUGAAUAUAUUGAAAGCUAUCCAGGUGCUGGUGGAAUAGUUCUUUCUACACCAAAUCUUGUUACAACUAUAACUUCUGUACCAGCAUAUGGGCUCUUUACCCUCAAAGGAAAGAAUCUAACCGAAGGCAACACUAUUUCCGUUAAGGACAUUGAGCGAGGUCGUGUUAGAUAUGAACAUGAUCACAGUGAUACACUCAGUGAUUAUUUAGGUUUCACUAUUGCUUUAGCUGGCAAUGGUUCUUCUCCUGAUAUAUUGCUUUUCAAUGGAUCAUUAAAUAUAAGUGUAACGCCUGUCAAUGACCAGCCUUUUACUUUAGUAACAACAGCACCAGUGUUACACGUAGUUCAUAGACAAACGGCUGUUGUUACUAAUGGCAGUCUUCUCACAACUGACCCUGAUAAUUUACCAAGUGAAAUUGUAUAUGAACUUGUUAGUAGUCCAGAUCAUGGUCGAUUAAUAUUCAAUGAUAAUUUUACGUUGCCUGUUAAAUCUUUUUCACAGAAGGAUGUGAAUGAUGGCCGCAUUCUGUAUGCACAUGAUGGCACAAACAGUUCUGCUCGAUUUUAUUUUAAAGUUUCAGAUGGUAAGCAUAAGCCUAAAUAUACUGUGUUCACUGUUGAAGUUGAACCAUUGACCCUUGAGCUAGUUAAUCACACAGUUGUGCCAUUGCAGCAGGCCUCCACUGUAGCCUAUAUAUCCUCAAAUCACCUUUCAGCUGUAACCAAUGGUAAUCCAAAUCACAUAUUUUAUAAUGUUUCAAGACCACCAAGGUUUGGUCAUUUAUACAUGAAUGAUCAAAUCAUACACACUUUCGGACAAGUCAAUAUUGAUAAAGGAGAAGUUCUGUACAUGCAGAUGGAUUUAAGUGAAUCUGGUGACAAUUUUAGAGUAAAUUUGUGGACUUGGGAAGCAACACUGUUAGAUGUUGAAGUACGCAUUAAUGUAAUUCCCUUACUAAAAUCAAAACCUCUCAUAGCAGCGGUUGGUGGUCGUACUAGACUCUCACUAGACCAUCUUGAUGCCAGCCAACUGGCAGAAUCAACUGGCAGCAAUCCUGAAUAUAAAGUUAAAAGACGACCUCGAUUUGGAAAGAUUAAAAAAGUUAGCAGGCGUAACAGAAGAUCAGGAAGGUCAUAUGAAGUACAAGAAUUUACACAUGAAGAGGUUCGUGCCGGUCACAUUUACUAUGUUGCCAGAAAUUUGAACUUAAAAGGAGAGAAACCACUGCACGAUGCAUUACAUUAUGUGUUGCACGUGCCAGCACCUGGAGUGCAACCUGCAGAAGGAACUUUACGUCUUUCAUUGGUAGAAAGUGUAGAGGCUGGUGCUGUACUCGAGGAUGGAGCUGAGCCCCCUAGACAUCUUCGUCCUGAUCUGUCUCCACCUUCGGUUCACGAUAAUUCAGAACACUCCCCAUCAGGUUCCGGCACAACAAAUACAAUUUUUGGUAUUCCUUCAGAUUAUGUGGUGGUAGUUGUGGCAGGCAUUGGAGCAGUUGUGGUUGUAAUUGCCAUAAUUGUUAUUGCAAGAUGUGCAACACGACGCCAUCACACAGACAAGAGAAGAAAUGCUGGCAUCGAUGGCGACAUUGCUUCGUUGCCGCCUCCACUGCCAUCAGACUCUAGACCCAAUUCCUUCAUGACUGAUGACAUGUCAGAACUUGAGUGCCGCCCCACUGAGCUGCCAUCAUCGCCAAGGCCAGGAAGACACUUGCACCAUAAUGGCGGUAGUGGGGGUUUGGGAUUGGCAGCUCAUCUAACAGAUUCUGAAACUUCAUGGAAUCGUGACAUUUCUAGAGAGGUCUCUCCUGCAGUGCCUCAAUGCAAGGUGACACCUCUGUGUUCAGACGCCUCUCCAAGAGAGCCACCAUAUGAUCCUCACUUGGCUGGAUAUCCGUAUGGUGUAGAUACUGCACAGUCAGAUUGGGGCGUCUAUGAGAAGCACCAGCCUCGAACCACCAAUCCAAUGCUCAGGAAGAACCAAUACUGGGUGUAGAGUGUGUGCGUGUAUCUCUCCCUCUACCUUGGUAUAUAAUGUAAGACGUUAUUUCUAAGUAACUUUUGUGUGGAAGCCUGGCAGUAGUUUCCUAGCUGGAUUGGUUAAGGAUGACUGUAAUGGUGGAUGGCUGAGUGCUGGAUUCCUGUGGGAGUUAUGAUGGUGUUAAUAAUUCAUGUUAAAAUGCUAUUUCUCUCUAACAUUUACCCGACUAGGGAGAAAAUAAUAUUGACCUGUCUUGGGACAAAUUGUUUUAAAUUAUCUCAGUCAUGUUAAAAUUAAUGAAUUUGCCCUCUUGAGAAAUUUUCAUAGAUGUCAUUUUAUCGGCUACUCUUGCAGGUGCUGUAGUAGUCACAUUUUUAUUAAUUUUAAACUAGAUUUUUUUAUUCAUUAGUUGUGUGGGUACUAGGAAACUAUUGCCAAGUGUGGAUUUACCUAUGACACGGUGCUAAAACCAUAAGUGGUUUAUUAAAUUUAGUACAGGGUUUUACAAGGUUUUAAUCCACUACUGGUUUUAGGAGUUAACCAAAGAAAUUAUGGCCAGUACUGGGUUAGAAAGGUAACUCAACCUACACUGUCAGGACCAGUGCAACGAAAGUCUUAAAUUAUUGUUACUAACCCUGUUCUGAGGUUGUGGGUUUCAUAGUUUGACCAGAAAUGUUAACCUGCUUUCCCAACAUAUUAAUAAAUGACCGUCCAUCAGUUUUGGUAUUUUAAGUUAUGAAAUAUUCAGUAAAGGGCUCCCUAAGGGUCCCAGUGCCUGGCAAUUGUCAUAAUAAUUUUCAAUUACUUAUUUUCUUGAUUUAAAAUAAAUCUAACAUGUUAAAUUCAGUGCUUUAGAAAAGUUGUUAAUGAUAAUCUCAUUUUGUCAGAUUUAAUCAUAAUCUAAGAAUUUUGUAUAAAUGAAGUUUCCACAUUGACAAAUACAAACCAUAGUUUAUAAAUUGACUACUUUACCUUCCAAGGUGAGGAAAAUACUACAGAAAAUUGAAAAUACCAAUGGACUAUUACAAAAGAAAGAGGAUGGGUCGCUCUUAGUAAUGUAUACCACAAAUAUGGGGCGCUGCUGUUCCUUUCUAAACUUAGACAUUAACUCUGUAUGGAUUUUCAAUGAACUCUGUAAGAACUACUCAUAAUUCUGCACUAUCUUAAGUAUCUGCCACCCAAACACGCAUGUGUUGUAAGUGGAAAUUGGAUACUAGUUCCCAUGCUCCAGUCUCCUGCUUUUUUUUGUACAUAAGCGGGCGGUUUCCUUUGCGUGAUUCUUCAGAUUUAUCAAUCCAAAGGGCUUAUUUGUUUUUGUGACAAAGUGCUAUCGGUUUUUCAGUGCUUUUGCGCUUUUUGUAGUUUCUUGAUUUGUGAGACAAAUAUUUUUCAAAAAACCAGUAUGACCUUGCAAUUGUUUUUUCCUGAAACAAAGCAGUUUCUGACGAGUGGUACAUCAGCAGCUGUGUCAUUCUCUUAAAUUUAUUUACCAAUAAUAUAUUAACUUUUCAGGUGUCUGUGAUGUGGCAUUAUGGAAUACUGCUGCAUUAGAAAAAGGCUUACUAGUUGGAAAAUGGCUUUCCAGUUGCAGUAGUCUUCUUAAUGAAGUUCUUCCGAUGGGUGUGACUUAGUCUGUUGUUCCUGACUAGAGCAGGCUUGUGGUGCAUGGAGAAAAGGACCGGCAGAAGGAAGAGUAAGGGAGCCAUCAGCACUUUUUCAUCUUCGUCUACCUUACCUCAACCGCAAUCUUUUAUCCUACGGAGGCAGAAACAAGAUAGUGAAAUUAGAUUGGCAUUUUCCAUGUGCUCUCCCCCUUGGAGGAGAGCAGGGAGUAGAGUCACGAGCGGCAAUCAGUCUUCCCAAAGUAGGGUCAGCACUGUGGUGCCAUCCAUACUUAGGGUCUGCUCCCAUUUAACCUCUGAGUGGGUUAAGUCUUGGCAUGCUUUUUCCAUGCACUCUCCCUCUUGGGGGAGGGUAGGGGCCCACAGUCACUGGCGUUGAUCGACUUUCCCUAACAGUUGGAACCAUAGUGCCAUCCAGGUUAAACCCAGGGGUCUGCUCCUGUCUCAUCUCUGUGGGCUUUGAGGCUAACAUUGAGUAAUAGCUGUUCAAACUUUAUGCUCAGUGCACAAGGUGUCCUCCCUCUCACUGCAACUCUUUGUGGUUGUAUUUAGAGAGGUUUGAGCAACUCGCUCAGCAAGCAGUUUGCAUGGCCUGUACAGGCAGCGAGGUGAGUGAUAUACAGCGACCAGGUUAUAUACUAUUUUAUUAAUCAAGACUGGAAUUGUCAUUAACAAUCACAAGCGGAAAAUUGAGAACAAGUAGACUACAUAUCUCUGGAAGGAAGUUUGUUUACUCACCCAUGAAAAAAUGACUAUUUCCAUAAAUAUGCCAAAGGAAGACAAUAUGCUACUGAUAUAGCUUGAAAGCUGCAACUUUUUUAUGCAUAAUAAACUGUGUCUGAUGAGACAACAUAAUAAACAUUGUCUCUGCAACUUGUCCCUCCUGGUCUGGAUUUCUGGCAACCACAUGUCAGAGGUCAGCCCUCGUGGUCAGUCUAGUUUGACAUUUGUGGUGGCAUCUGUCUGGAGGGCACCAGUAAAGGGCCUGCAGUACUCCACCCCCCCAAGAGGAAACUUGGGUCAGAGUCCUCACUUCUGGCAGGUAUGCUAGGUGAAGCCUGUCAAUCGAUAAAGCCAGGUCGUUCUUCCAUCCACUGACAUUUGGUUGGCUUUUUCUCUUUAAUACCAAAAGAUUUUGUGGGGGCCCAAGUAAGCGGGAGAAGGGGCAGCCAAUGGGCGUCUACUCUGAUGAAUGCAUUUCUCGCUUGAAGACCAAGUUUUUCUGGGUGUGCCAUAUGUCAUUUUCACUGGCAUUAUUUGUGUUAAUGCUCUACAAUGUCGGAGGGGGUGGUUGGGUGUGUUGGGUCUUGAAAAAUGUCUGCUGGUAUUGCCAGGGACUGUUUGUAGCGUCCUUCUGCUGUUGACACAUUAUGCUGCAUGAGGGAGAGGUUCUUGGACCCAGUAAGAGCCAUAGCAAUUUUUUUUUCCACCUCCCAUCUUGGCAUUUCGCUGUCAGUGCAAGGUUGAAAGCUCUUUCUCAACCCCAACAGUAAGUGUGGGGGAGGGCAUCCGGUACUUGCUUUGCAGGCAAUGGUCAUCUCUUGUUGAUGGCUAGGCCACUCCAUGUCAGGGUGGGGUUUUCCUGCCAAAGUAUAUGCAAGUUCACUUCAAGUCAGGGUGGGCCGAAGUCACUGCAGGUUCACUUCAUCCUUUUGCGCUGAUGCUACUUCGGUAUAUGAUACCCUGAUCUGAAUGGCGUUGAUAGAGGUUUGUGAAAGAACGUCUGCUAUGGUGUUGGAGGGGCCCCUGUAAGUAUCAGAGGUUGGCCCUCGUGGUCAGCCUUUGUUUGACAUUUCUGUGGCAUCUGCCUGGAGGGCCCCAGUUACGGGUCUACAAGCCCAUUCAAUAUUAGCUUCCCCAGUCUGCAAAUCAGGUUUUACCAUUGAUAAGGGGUAGCUCUGAUGAUCCCUAACCAUGUCCGAUGAAUCUCGGUAGACUGGUGACCAGAGAAACAGCGGACAGGAAAAACCACUCUGCCAGUGAGAUACUGCAACCAAGUGAAGAAGGAGGAGAAGAAUAUGAAAUGCUAUACGUGACAACUCAAAGAAGUUAAAGAGAACAAACACCAUUCUUUGUUCAGUAAGUGGUGGAAAUUAUACCAUCACCACUCUAAGAAAUGAGAAUUUUGACAACAGACCACCAAAGUUCUCUAGAGAAUGAAAACAGAUUCAACACAUCUUCCUAUUCAGGAAAGCAGGGACCGAGAUGCCCCCUGCACUUACAAGACACUGACAUUUCAGUUUAACUGAGAUAAUGUUUCACUUCACAGAAUGCAUAUGGAGGCAAGCCAACAGCAACUGCACUGCUAAAGGAAGUAAAGUAUGAGACUUCACUCAACUUUACUGGAAACAUAAUUCCAAACAGUAUUGUACUGCUCAUCCACUGCUGAGACUGUCAACCAUUUCAAAAUGUUUAACCAUUAAACACACAGCAAACUCAGUGCAGAUCAGACAUGACUGGCACACACCAGGGACAAAAACUCAUCCUGGGUUUGCAGUCAGCCCCCUCAGCUGCUUUUGAAGCCAAAGUGCUACUGAAGGCAGGGUGUAAGAGAAUUCUUGUCAAGUUUUCUGUCACCAUAGAAAAGUGAAGCAUCCUUAACACUUGUUGUAAAGAAGUCUGAAUCUGCACUUCAGUGCCAUAUCAGACACAGAAAAGAACACUCCCACAAAAAAGCUGGCAAAAGAGCGCACACCUAGAGGAGAACCCAUAACUACUUUGUCAAUGUGCAUCCACAUUUGCUCUCUUUGAUUGAUGAAUGGGGCCUUCUUAGUGCACUCUCUCUUACCUAAUGUGAGUUUGAAGUGACAUACAAUUUUUGGCUGACAAAGUUUCUCUUCAUUGAAGAGGCAGUCUUCAAAUGAUUCUCAAGAGAACUAGAUUUAUCCUUUUAGUUCGUUUACAAAUUAAUUGUAGCAGUCACUAUCCAGCAAGUAUCAAGACGCCGCAGAGCUUGACACAUCUUAGGUUAUGGUAAUGCCUGCACUAGUUCAGGGCUUUACCUGACUAAUUACAGUAAUGCCUGUGUAUAUUUUCAGAGGAUUUAAACAUUAGCAGGCACAGCUGCAGCAAUUUUGACUAACCGACCUUAAGAAGAGUUCUUGGCAACCUUAAGUAGAAUGCAUGCAGGUGGGAACACCUGCCAUUUCUUGGGAGGCUUCUAUAGUAGAUGUACUACUACUCACCAUUCCAGUCAAAGAUAGGCUUUUUGAGGUUGACUGGAUAAACCAAAUGUAUGAAUUGGACAUUUGCUUCUGCAUUUCUGGAUAAGCUCUUUGGAUCUGAACCUGCAGUCUUUGGAAACAAAAUACUAAAGUUUAUCCUUAAAAUCGAUUAUCACCAACCCAGAACCUUAAGGGAAAUUAUCAGCACCCAACAUGAAUAUGAAAUAUUCUUCUGCUGUAAUUUAAUGGGGACAGUACCAUUACAGUACUAUAUUAGAGUACUCUGUCUGUUACAGUCUUUAAGUUUAUCAUUCCAAAAAAGGUCUUCUUCUAUUCAAAUGUAGCCAUCUUGGUAGUGUGAAGCCUUACACAUUUUUCCUUAGCUCGGAACUUGAAAGUAGCAGUGUACUUUAAUGACUGACAGUCUCGUCAGCACUAUUCUUUAACUAGAUAGUAUCUGACUGAUAUAAGAGUACUCUAAAGCACCUCUUUAGCUUGAUGAAUUUAAAGGCAGAAUUCAUGAAAUCUCAUAAUUUGGCUACUCUAUUUGAGAGAAAUGCUUUAGCCAACUGCAAGCAGUAACACUAGCAAUAAUUUAGUAAUUCAAAUAAUCUAAGAGGAUCCUAAGGGACAACACAAGAAAUGGGCACCAAAGAUUUGGAACAUAAUUGGUAAUUACAGAUUGUGAGUUUGCAAAAAUUGGCACUGUUGAGGCUUCUAUCUCUGGCUUUGGAUUCUAAGAGUGAUUUUGCACAGUCCAAUACUAAAAAUCCAGUGCCUUGCUCCUAUGUGGAGAUCAGUUCAGUAAAGUUGCAGAACUGUUUCUAAAAAAACCAACUGCCUCCCUUUUGCAUGUGGACAUGAGGGGAGCUUAAGCCCUUAAGAUACCAUGAUGAAAAUUAAUGAACUGAAUUUUACAGUUUUCCAUUCCUAUUGUACACUUUGAGUGUUUUUUUUACAGAGUACUGACCACAAGUACUAAGACCUGUUCCCCUAGCAAGCCAGCAGUGACCAACCGCAAGUAUUAUUGCCAGAAAGAGUUGACCUCAAUGAGCGCACAAGGGGCACUGAAAACUGUUUAAACACAAGUAAUAUUACAUCAGUGUCAUAUUACUUGGAUCUUAAGAGGGUGUAUGCAUGAGAAGGCAGUGAAAGAGUUUAAGUACUUUGUAGUGCACCAGAACUAGAGUAUAGUAGUCUGUCAACUUUACUGUCCCACCUGAGAACCAAUAUUGUAUCAGAGAAAAAUGGAACACUUUCAUGUUAGAUUAUCAGACACCUAUGGGAAAGCAUGGACUUGAUUUGUCCAAGUCAACAUCCCUUUAGUACAAACAACUGGAAUAAUAAUAAAAUCGCAGCUAAAAAGAUCUGACCAUCUUCCUAUGCAUUGCUUUGAGAAGUAAAAAACUAGUUUGUAUGUUAAUGUCUAUGUGGCAGUCGUCUCUUUCUAAUCUUCUAACCUUAAUAGUUUGGGGUGUUCUAAUGACUCAAGGUAGUCAUGAGUUAUCAACCACAUGCUCUUAGCUCUUCAUAUAGUCAGUUGUGUGGGCAUCCAUACAAACUUCCUUGACAAUGAAGAAACCUGAAGCUUACCCUCUCACUUAUUGGAGUGGACUGAAACAUGACACCAAACUGCAGGUAACUGCAACUUUUUCCAGUGCCAUAUAGUUAAGGGCAAAGUAUUUUAAUUUCUUGAAAACUAACAAGGAAACAAUUUAAAUCAAAACCACUAGUACAAGCUUCUUGAAUAGUAACAACUGAAUCAGUGUUGCUAUGAAAAACAUUUCAGCUGCUGCAGCAUUUAGAUCCAUUACUGUUUUAUAUAAGAUGCCAAGUAACGUAACCAUGACUACAGUGAUUAGCUUUGCUCAGCAGUGUAUAGCUAAACAAAUCCAUAUCUCAUAAAAGUUCCGAAUGUUUGAGGAAACUUUGUUCAGAGAGGUCACUCCUCCAAGCAAGUUUGUAAAACUGUAGCAUGUCAGCAUGAAAUGCUAAAAUUUCACUGAAAAACAAUGAAAACUUCCACACGGAGUGUUCAAAUUUUUGCAUAUCUGAAAUAUAUGUGGAUCUUGCUUUAAUCGAGUCAGUGCGCAAGUGAAAGGCCUUGAAUAUCAGCCAAUGGAAAGUAGCCAAUGGUUAUUUUGAUUCCCAAUACCCAAAUUGUACUGCAAGGCCAGCAUUACAACACCAUGUCCACAGGUGUUUGUUAACUUCUUUGUUAAAUUAUUUUUAACACCAAAUGCAAUAUUAUCCAUGCCUAGCAACAAAUUUCUUCUUGUAGUAUUGUCCAAUGGUUAGGAAAAGCAUCAGUACCAUUCACAUUGUGACAUCCCUGACUUAAGUACUAGCCACAUCUCUGCUUCAAAACUGCCUUGUAUUUUAUUCCUCCUCAAGUGCACACUUGAUAUAUUUGAUGUUGUACUACGUAUAUAGGAACCAAUCAUAUUUCACACACCAGACAUACUAUUUCCUGUACUGCUUACCUUUCAUUGUAACAAACUGGAUUUAAUGAACAAAUAUUUUGCAUAUACUGCUCACUAACUGGAUUCACCUGAUAGCACCGUAUCAGUUUUUCCUUUAGUACAGUGAUAAUCUUCUGCAUGCACCCCCAUUGGUAAUGAAAUUCAAUAUUUGUAGUCUAUUCUUCCAUCCUCUGAAGGUAGAACCUGUAAAAUACAACAAUGUGGAGAAUCUUUACUACUUUGGAGUAUGAAUGAAUAAUAGUAUACCUAGUUAAAAUUAUUACUUUUUAUUCUGACAUAGCCAGAACUAAAGCAACUUCAAAUCUUGAAAAUGUACUCUUUUUCAUUUGCACCCAUAUUUAAAUCACAUAUCUCUAAGCACACAAUUUUUCACACAGUUUAAUGUAUCCAUAUUAAUGAUUAAAUCAUAAUCUGGGUAAUGAAUUUAUAACCACGAAGUUUACCAGUUAUGCACAGUCAGUAUAAAAGAUUAGUGAACAAAGUGGUUUAUGCUGUUAUGGUGGUACCAGAUCAUCAAUUGUGAAGCAAGGUUUUCUCCUCAAGUAAUUGUAGUAAGUGUAUUUAAACAAGAAAUAAGUGUGAAUUAUUGUUACCUAAGUGUAUGAAACCAGUUAUUUAUAAAUAUAUGUAUAUUUUGAUAUUCACUUGGCAACAUUUUAUUUCAAGUUUUUAAAAUACAAUAUAUAUAUCAAGAACUUGCACUGGUCCUGAUCUGGCACAAACUUUAGGUAAAUGUAUAUGUGUAAAUAUUUAUAUAUGGACCAAUAUUUUCUUAUGAAGACUUAUUGCAGGAUAAAUGAAAUUUAAAAAGCAAAUCUAAAACCAAGGCUUUAAGCAAAUAUCAAACAAAGCUAGAAAUUCCCAUCAGGGUGUAAAUGAAUGUGUGAAUGAUUCCAUUCAUGAAUUAUUUGAUUAUGGUAGAAACCUCAUUCCGAUAAAGGCAACUGGUGACACUGCAAUGGACUGAAGUAGCCUAUGAUUAAAAACUCUUGACGAAGUAAAUGGUCUACUCAAGGAUUUUUUUCAAGAAAAUGCUCUACAAGUUCACUUCUUAAUUAUAUUAAAGGAUUUAUCCCUUCUAGAUUUCACCAACUCAUUUUAAGUGGCAUAAUGUUGAACUUGUAACCCAAAGGAAGGUGAAUUUGAAGUACUGUCAAGCCCAUCAAGUUUUUUCAAAGAACAUGGAAUGAAGUGUGUGUAUGUCAACUCAAAUAGUAUGAAAGAUCUGUUACUAGACUUGUACAGGACUUCAGACAUGUAAAUAUACAAUAAGUUAUUUUCUGAUAAGUGAAAUUUGUAUUUGUACAGAUUAGUGCCAAAUUGUUUAUAUAAAAUUUGUAAUAAAAUGAGUACUAGAA